AUGUCUAAUUCUCCUGUGCUAAUACCCGGACUUUCAUGGAGGGCAGGUAGCAAUGGAUUAGGAAAAAGUAUAAAAUUAUCGCAAAUUAAGAGGAAACUCGGUUGGAUUCCAAAACAAAAAGAAAUUAGCCAUGGAGAUCCUCAUCCAACCGGAGCUCCAACGGAUGAAAAAGACGAUUUGCCAAAAAACUACGACUGCAGGAAGGCAUUCCCAAAAUGCACGACAAUUCCGUCCAUUAAAGAUCAGUCAAACUGCGGAUCAUGUUGGGCUGUUUCUGUUGCAGCCACGUUCAGUGAUCGAUUAUGCAUUCAUUCAAACGGAAAAGUUAAUUUCAAUAUGUCAGCAGAUCAGUUACUGGCAUGUGACAAAAAAAGUGACGGAUGCGACGGUGGAUACCUUGAUACAGCUUGGCAAUACAUUGAGAAAGAAGGAUUAGUCACAGGAGGUGAUUAUGGAUCGAAUGAACUUGCUCAAGUAAUUUCAAAAAUUAUUCCAAGUAUUUCCCCAUCAGGGUUUCAUCUUCUCCACAAUGAAUAUUUUAGCUUUCCAAAAUGUGUUUCCAGAACUGACCAUACUCACAUAUUCUUGCACUCAUUUCUAGGAAUAUAUCAGAGGCCAUUCUUUGACUUCAUACCUUUAGGAGGUCACGCUGUUCGUGUCAUUGGAUGGGGAGAAGAAGACGGCAUGAAGUACUGGCUCGUAGCUAAUUCGUGGGGGACAGAUUGGGGUGAAGAAGGAACGUUCAGAAUUAUUCGAGGCACUAAUGAAUGUAGCUUCGAAUCAGAAGCGGUAACAGCACUACCUGAAAAUUAAACGUUUAAGUAUCUAAUAAUUUUUUUUGAACUUUUUUAUCAAUAUUUUUCUACAUUUUUUCAAAUCUGCUUUGAAAAUCAAUGUUAUUAGUUGACCU